AUGCUUUUGUUAUCAUCAUAUCAAUUAAUUUGUCUUUUACAAUCAUUACCGACAAUGACUGCUGUUGAUCAUACUCAUUACCGAGUUUACCUUAAAAAUUUAGGUUAUCACACUACAGAGGAAGAUUUAUAUACUUUGUUUAAAAAAUUUGAACCUGUCAACAUUUUGGUUCCAAGUUAUACAGUUAGAUUUACUCGAAGUGGCAAACAUAAAUCUUUAGGUUUUGCUUAUGUUGAAUUAAAGUCGUCAGAAGAAGUAGAACAAGCAGUUAAAGACUUUAAUGGAACUGUAUUCAAUGGCAAAAGAUUAAUAGUUAAAGCUUAUUCUCCAUAUACACCAGGUAAGCGAUUUUUAUUUUUUAAAAAAUCGAAAAGUGUUGCACCUUCCGAAGAUGAGGAAGAGGAAGUUGCAGAAGAAAAUAAUUUUCCAAUCGAUGUAAAUAAUAAUGCUACUUUAAAUUCCAGAGGUUCACUUUUUAUUCCAAAGGCAAGAGGUGAAGUCACUGAAUCAAAAGUUGAGGAGUUUUUAAAAGAUUAUAAUCCAAGUGAUAUCAUAAUUAUGAAGAAAAAAUCCAAAAUCAAUCCGAUAUCUUAUGUCAGUGUUUUAGCAAGUGUUGAUACUUCUCAAAAUAAAUUAAAUGACAUCAUUCAAACUUUGAAAAAUCAAAAAUUAAAUGGUAGAAAAGUUGAUUUACAAGAAGCAAAUCCAGAAAAAGUAGAACAAAUUGAAAGAGAACUUCAAAUGCUUGCUGUACAAAUCGAAAAUCAAGAAGAAUCUGCUAAUGAUGAUUUACCAGAAACUAACGAAGCUAAUAUUUCACCUGCUUCAAAUUUUGAUAUUGCUCCACCACCAAAUCCAACUCCUGAAGGUUUAACAAUGAGUUCAAAUUUUACUGAACCAAUAACUUCUUAA